AUGUCGGCACGUCGCCAUCGAUCAGCAGUCGCAUGUCAGCAUUGCCGCCAGCGUAAAGUACGCUGCAGCUAUACGGUUACUGGCGUACCAUGUAUUGGUUGUACGCAAGACGGCACCGAGUGUAUUAUCCCCCAAGGAAAAACGCAAACACCUCGGAUCCGUCAAGUUGUACCUCAUAUGCGGCACAAUGGCCCGGAGAACAGCCCUCGGAGUGCGGAGGAGUCUCGCAAGUCGAUGCCGCCCCGGCCUUCCGCUCCAACAGAUGCGUUCAUUGCACCGAUUACCCCACAAAUAGAACGCCCCAGGUCAGUGGGAGGUGCUACUGAGAUCAAUACUUCGCCAGAAGAGAACAGAAGUCUUGAUGAGGAACGCACUGGGGCAGAGAUUGCAACUGCGGCCCUAGGGAGAAACCAGAGAGCGGGCCAGGCGCCAUUUUAUACUGGCGAGUCUCCGGGAUUCGGGAGUGUACUGGACUUAUGCUCGCCACCACAGCAACCUGUCCAACGGCAUAUUUUGCUGCAGCCCAAGAGAUCGAUUCCCCUCUCUGUUGAGGACCGCGAAUACCUUCAGUACAAAGGCGUUUUUAACCUGCCCCGGAGUGAUACGUGUGACGAGCUUCUCCGUGCCUAUUUCCAUCACGUGCAUCCUAUCCUACCAGUCGUCGAUGUGACCUCAGUGCUCAGCUCUUAUCCGGGUGGAGAGAGCAACCAAUGUAACCUCCUGUUGCUGUGGAGCAUGUUCUUUGUUGCAGCUAAUUAUAUUUCCACCGACACGUGGAAACAGGAGGGCUACUCAUCGAGAAAGGCAAUGAAAUACGAUAUGUACUCUCGUGCCAAGUGUAUGUAUCAUAACAGUGGCGAAACCGACAAUACUCUUUUAUUGCAAUCGGCUCUCCUCUUGGGAUUCUAUCACUCGGAAGUCGAUCUGCAUAUGCAGCCGUGGUAUUGGACUGGCAGCGCAAUUAGUCUCUGCCAGAUCAUGGGUCUGCAUCGUUGCCCGUCUUCGGCUUGGUUGAAUUCCUCAAUACCUGAAAGACAGCAGCGUUUGUGGCGUCGUCUUUGGUGGACCUGCUUCUUUCGAGAUCGUUGGCUGAGUCUUACAAUGGGGAGACCCCUCAGAAUCGACAUACGCGACUGCGACACAGUAAUGCCAUCUUCUGUCGACAUGCUGAGCGACAUGACCGGGCUACCUGAGGCAGUGGCCAGUGCUUACAUCCCAACCGAUUUGCCGCGUUUGGCAGACUGCUGGGUGACGAUGAUUCAUUUGAGUAAACUCUUAGGCGACGUCCUCAGCCUGAGCUACCGGCAUUUUGGACCAUAUCCAUCGGUUCAGCAGGUACAAGCAACGGAGGCAGAAAUCCUACUAUUUCAAUUCCCGGACAACCCCGGCACGGACCGAAGUCGUCUAGCAACCUUUUAUGCGUAUCAUCUGCAGUUACACUAUCAAGCCUUACUCAUUACGUUUUAUCGCCCUUUUAUCACCAAGGCGCCAGAAGGGCUACCGGCGGCUCAGCAACAGGCAUGGCAAAGCCAGAUACGAAACAAAAUGGACGCCGCUGCCCUACAAACGAAUUCUAUUGUUGAUAACCUGGCUCGUGAAAAGCUGCUAGAAUUUGGGGGUCCAAUGACACCUCCAUUGCUCGUACCAGCUAUGCAAGUACAUCUUCUCAACUGCAAGUCGCCCGAUGAUUUUAUUCGGCGGCUAAACCUCAACAAGCUGGAACUAUGUAUGAUGGUCUUAGAGCAGAUGCAGCACACUUAUCCAUCUGCAUCCAUCUUUCGAGGCGUCUUUCUCGGUGCAAUACGCCAGGUCUUCCCUGACUAUAUGACUCAACAGCCCAAGCCAGAGACAGCGUAUCCUGUCCCGCAAGAUACCCCUCUGGAUGACCCAGCCGAGUCCAUGGUGGUCAGUGACGACGUUAUAGGAGCACUUAUGAAUGAAGCGUCCAUCUACAAUUUCUGGGAGACGUUUAAUUGGAUGUAG